AAAUUUUUCCAAGGUGCACAACAGGGUCUCCCCCGCUUCUUCUUCCAACUGUAUAAAUGUGAAGCAGGUGGACAGCAGUGACACAGCACAGAGAACAAGCCGACAGAGCUCAGCUGAGACUUUAAUCCACUGCUGCAACACGAAGCCGACAAACAAACUUCAGGAUGGCCGCUUCUCGUCUCGCUCUGUCUGUGGUUGUGCUCAUGCUGGCUGUCAUCGCUGUGACUGAGGGUAUGCGCGGUGCUGGCCCAAAAAAGUGCUGCUUCCGCUUCAAUGACCAGGAAGUGCCCAAAGGAAGAGUGGUCGGCUACAUCAAGACCAGCCAGCGCUGCUCCAAGCCCGCCAUCCUGCUGAACACAGUGGCAGGCCGACAGCUGUGUGUCAGACCUUCGGCCCCCUGGGUGAAGCAGCUCAUCAGCUACCUGGAUGCCAAAGCCGUCCCAGGAGAGACAUCAAACCUGUAACCAUGGAAACUACUGAGGAAGAGCCUUCAUGGACAAAACCUGACAGUUUAUAUGUUUAAAUGCUGGAAGUUUGUAUAAGCAAACAGCAGCUCUUCUCUCUACAUGCUGAAUCUGUAUCAGAUAUUCUUAAAGACAUAAUUAUGAGAUUCAUUUGCAAAUAGGAAUAAUUUCCUGCAAUCCAAACAUUUCUUUGUUUGUUUACUCUGUUGUUCUUUUAAUACUGAUAUUUAAUAUUUUUACAUUUCUGACUUUGAAUAUUUAUCUCAUUAUACUGAAUAACGAGUGUUUUUGCUUAAUACAACACUUAAUACAAGUCUGACCGUAAGCACUGUGAGACUUUGAAGUGUGAUCUGAAAUGACUUGAGAAGCUGUUCUUUGUGAAAGAGCAGUGCCUCCCACCUCCACAUGGUGUCAUCAGUAAACAGCAGAGUAUAAGCUAUGGGCUGCAGCACUGUUCCUGCACUGUGGGCAGUUUGCUUGGUUUUUAUGUAAAACUUAAGUAUUUGUGUUUUUUAUCAUUGUGCUGAGAACUUCACUUUAAAAUAAAGGAUAAAGGAUCAGUGAAA